UAACUAAUAAGUAAUAACACGCCUCAAAACGCCACCGUUUUGUUCCCUCAUGUAAUUAACUCAUAACUCCAAACCCUUCUUUUUCGUUUUCUUCUUCUGAUAACUGAAUAGACGAGAAGAGAAGACAAGAGAAGACAAGAGAAGAGAGCAAUGGAAGGAGGAGGUCGAACGGUGGAAGAGAUUUACGAGGAUUUCAAGGGUCGAAGAGCUGCCAUCAUCAAAGCCCUCACAACCGAUGUUCAGGAUUUCUACAACCAAUGCGAUCCUGAGAAGGAGAAUUUAUGCUUAUAUGGAUUACCUAGUGGGCAGUGGGAAGUAAAUUUACCUGUUGAAGAAGUUCCACCAGAACUUCCUGAGCCUGUGCUGGGCAUUAACUUUGCUAGGGAUGGCAUGCAAGAAAAGGACUGGUUAUCUUUAGUUGCUGUCCAUAGCGAUACAUGGCUGGUUGCUCUUGCCUUCUAUUUUGGAGCCAGAUUUGGGUUUGAUAGAGCUGACAGCGGGCUUCUGAGUCGCAGGGUAGACAGUCAAAGGCAUUCCAACCAAAGGAUGAGGAUGAAGGAGCAGAAGAGCAAGAUGAUGAGGAACAUGGAGAAGCCUUUUGUGGGGCAUGCGGCGAGAGUACCGGUACUGAUGAGUUCUGGAUUUGCUGCGACAUCUGCGAGAAGUGGUUCCAUGGUAAAUGCGUGAAGAUUACCCCUGCUAGGGCAGAACAUAUGAAGCAAUACAAGUGUCCAUCAUGCAGUGGUAACAAGAGAGCUCGCUGAGCAAUUUCACAGCAUUGAAUGGAGAAGCUUUGUUGGAGUCAUAACUGAUCUGGUUCAUGUUUUUAUUUUUUUUAUUUUAUUUUUAACUAUCUACAGUUAUUGGAUAGUCUCCCACCCCUCUCCCCCCUUCUUUUUUUUUUUGAUACAUGUAGGCUUAUUUUGUAGACUACUGUAGGAUUUAUGGUGUGUCGGUUCCUGCAAGUCAUUUGAUGCCCUGGGUUUAUUUCCCUGUAGUUGAAGCAUUGUUGACCUGGGAAGACCGAGUCUUUUUCCAAUACGAUUGGCAUUGGAACCGAACCAUAAUGUUCUGACCAGCUAGAUCUUAUGUUUAGACUGCGCCUUUUGACAAGGUACUUCCCUAAAUGAAUGGGGUGAUAUCCUACCA